CAUAUGAUUAUUGUCAGAUUAUCGCUUAAAUAAAUAGAUUAAACGGUGGUAGAAUAUACCGACGUGUGCUCUAUUGCGCCGGCUGAUGUUUCUAUCACGAAAUGUGCACUGUAAACCGUCGUUCGUUGAUAAUUUGUUGACUGAUACGUGACUAUAACAUGUGCAAAGGUGGGAACUUCUCACAUUUGCCGAAAACUAAUUUAAGUUGGAAUCAAACUCGAAAUGACACAGUGAAUGUGUGUGGACACCCUCCAAGACCAAUUAUCGUUUGACUCUCACACGCACGCAGUUAUCAUCUCGGUGAUCGUCCUGUUUCACUUCGUUGUAAGCGCUUUGCUCAUGACAUCCACGCCAAGUAACGCAAAACGUCUACGGCAAACGUUUAAUAGGAAAACGUUGAUGAGUUACAGGAGCUACAUAAAUGAACUGUUCACCGACAAAAGUAUAAAGAGAAGACCACGCCAUCUUGCUUUUCAAAACAACACACCCUCGGGUACAAUGAAGGUCCAGCUAUAUUGUAGAACUGGAUUUCUUCUCGAGAUUCAUCCCAAUGGGUUGAUCGCCGGCACACGGAACGUGUCUUCUGAACACACAAUCAUCGAAGUUCAAGCAUUUGGUCAUAUUCUCAGACGUCUCAAAGGGGUUGCUAGUGGAAGAUAUCUUUCUCUCAACCACAGAGGUCGCUUGUCCUCAACGUUUAAUUUCCGUCAGAAUGCUAACACGUUCUUCAAUGAAAAAUAUGAAGAGAAUUACUGGUGCAGUUAUAGUUCAAGUAAAACACGAAAUUGCGGACCUUGGAAGGGAAAUACAGAUGAAUGGUUUAUUGCAAUAAAAAAGAAUGGUUCUUUAAAAAGACCAUGUAAAACAGCGCCGGGAAUGCAUUCGACGCAAUUUAUAGUUCUACGACAGAACCACGCGUCCACACACGUCAAAGAGAACUCGGUCGGCGGAGAUGACAACUGAAUUUGGAUUUCACUAAGUCGGCAAGACCAAGGAAGAAUUAUAUUUGCACAACUGCGCACUUGCAUUGAAAUUAAUUUUAGAAAAUAAUUGUUGCUGUCAGAUAGUUUUGCGGAUAGUUGGCUAGACAAUUUAGUUGUUUUAUGAUCGUUUGGCGAUAGUCGAUAGAUAAUAAUCAGUCUGUAAGUGAGGUGGAUAGUGCUAAAGGACAUGUUAUUUGUUAUUGGUUUCUGGUUCAAUAUUGAUGCAAGAAUUGAACCUCGCCAAGCUCUUUUUUAUAGAAAUAUAUGAAUGUUAAGAACCGCAAGAUACAGGACAGCAGUUCGAAAUAUAUACUGCAAAUGUAUAUGCCUCAUUUUCAAUUGAAAUUUUGCAUAACCCUGUAAAAAUUUAUAAGUACGUAUGCUUGUAAAAAUAAGUAUGAAUUGAGAAAAGACCAGAGACUUUAUCUUUUUAGAGAUAACGUA